AAAGCACUAUUCCUUGGGAUCAGCAGACGUCCGAUUUGGUGGUCAGCCUACAAAUAUUAAGGGCCUCGAAAUAGUUUUUGAUAGUGGAAGCACUUACUCUUAUUUUGUCUCUCAAGCUUAUAAAGUCAUUGUCUCUAUGAUAAUGGAAAAUUUGAAUGGAAAAUUGAAAGAUGCAGUUGAGGACAAAAGCCUUCCCAUGUGUUGGAAAGGUCCAAAACCCUUCAAAUCCAUUCGGGAUGCCGCUAGCUACUUCAAGCCUUUGGUUUUGAGCUUUACGAACGAGAAAAAUGUUCAUUUUCAGAUGCCCCCUGAAUCUUAUCUCAUCAUCACC